AUGGCUGGGCGGACUAGUCCUCACACAUCUAUAGAGACUGGGCGGACUAGUCCUCACACAUCUAUAGAGACUGGGCGGACUAGUCCUCACACAUCUAUAGAGGCUGGGCGGACUAGUCCUCACACAUCUAUAGAGGCUGGGCGGACUAGUCCUCACACAUCUAUAGAGACUGGGCGGACUAGUCCUCACACAUCUAUAGAGACUGGGCGGACUAGUCCUCACACAUCUAUAGAGACUGGGCGGACUAGUCCUCACACAUCUAUAGAGACUGGGCGGACUAGUCCUCACACAUCUAUAGAGAGACUGGGCGGACUAGUCCUCACACAUCUAGAGACUGGGCGGACUAGUCCUCACACAUCUAUAGAGGCUGGGCGGACUAGUCCUCACACAUCUAUAGAGACUGGGCGGACUAGUCCUCACACAUCUAUAGAGGCUGGGCGGACUAGUCCUCACACAUCUAUAGAGGCUGGGCGGACUAGUCCUCACACAUCUAUAGAGACUGGGCGGACUAAUCAUCACACAUCUAUAGAGACUGGGCGGACUAGUCCUCACACAUCUAUAGAGACUGGGCGGAAUAGUCCUCACACAUCUAUAGAGGCUGGGCGGACUAGUCCUCACACAUCUAUAGAGGCUGGGCGGACUAGUCCUCACACAUCUAUAGAGACUGGGCGGACUAGUCCUCACACAUCUAUAGAGACUGGGCGGACUAGUCCUCACACAUCUAUAGAGACUGGGCGGACUAGUCCUCACACAUCUAUAGAGGCUGGGCGGACUAGUCCUCACACAUCUAUAGAGGCUGGGCGGACUAGUCCUCACACAUCUAUAGAGGCUGGGCGGACUAGUCCUCACACAUCUAUAGAGGCUGGGCGGACUAGUCCUCACACAUCUAUAGAGGCUGGGCGGACUAGUCCUCACACAUCUAUAGAGACUGGGCGGACUAGUCCUCACACAUCUAUAGAGGCUGGGCGGACUAGUCAUCACACAUCUAUAGAGACAGGGCGGACUAGUCCUCACACAUCUAUAGAGACUGGGCGGACUAGUCCUCACACAUCUAUAGAGGCUGGGCGGACUAGUCCUCACACAUCUAUAGAGGCUGGGCGGACUAGUCCUCACACAUCUAUAGAGGCUGGGCGGACUAGUCCUCACACAUCUAUAGAGACUGGGCGGACUAGUCCUCACAGCAUCUAUAGAGACUGGGCGGACUAG